UGCGCGGCGUCCGGAAUGAGUAGGAAAGCGGCUCCGGUUCCUUCAGGACGCGCUUCAGGGGGCACCACGGCGGUUUGGGGACGACUUGGAGCCCUGUCCUAGGGAGAAAACAGCUCCUGUCUGUGGCCCUGACUGGUUAGGUGGGAGCUGCGUGCAACUCAGCUUCUCCGGGGCAUUGUUUUCUACACGGUCACUCUCACCCAAGCUGGAGCACCAUGGUGCAUCACAGGACCAGGUAUAUUGGAAUAUUGGCUACCUACAGCUUUGCAGCGCUAUUUGAUAUCAGGAAUUCUGGGUGGGCUAUGAACAGGCCAACUGCAAGGGUGAGCAGUUUGUGUUUGAGAAGGGCGAGUACCCCCACUGGGACCAGCAGCCGGAGGACAGACUCCCUCAGCUCCCUGAGGCCCAUCAAAGUUGACAGCCAAGAGCACAAGAUCGUUCUCUAUGAAAACUCCAACUUCACCGGGAAGAAGAUGGAAAUCAUAGAUGAUGAUGUACCCAGCUUCCACACCCACGGCUACCAAGAGAAGGUGUCAUCUGUGCGAGUGCAGAGUGGCACUCCUCCAGGUGGGUUGGCUACCAGUACCCCAGCUACCGCAGGCUGCAGUACCUGCUGGAGAAGGGAGACUACAAGGACAGCAGUGACUUUGGGGCAUGUCACUCCCAGGACCCAGGCCUGCUGCCCAGGAACCCUCUACACCUCCCAGAGAGUAAGUAAAGUAUGACUUACAACUUGUCUGCUGUGGGUCUUUGAUCUCCCCUGGCAGCUGGGGUGUAUGUGCAUGCGCACGUGU